AUGGUGGAGGGAUUUUGCAAAAACUUCUAUAGCAACAAACUGGACCAUCUUGAGGUGCUUAUAGCCAAGAAGAGUAAAGUCCUUCGGGUUUUGGAACAGAAGAGGGCAGAGUUGAACAGAAGGGUCAGAUUUCUUAGGGAGGAAAUAUCUAUUGUGCAGGAACCCAGCUCUAAUGUUGGAGUGAUUGUAGAAAAAAUGGGAAAAAUGCAAGUCUUAGUUAAAACAAAUCCAGAUGGAAAGUACUUAGCAAAAGUAGAGCCUGGAGUAAAUUAUGAUGAUCUCAAGCCCGGGGUAAGAGUUGCUCUCCGCAGUGACUCAUAUGAUGUUCAUAGAAUACUUCCUACAAAAGUAGAUCCGCUUGUAUCUCUUAUGAUGGUUGAAAAAGUUCCUGAUUCUACAUAUCAAAUGAUAGGAGGCCUUGAUGAACAAAUUAAGGAAAUUCGGGAAGUCAUUGAGCUUCCAAUAAAACAUCCUGAGCUAUUUGAGAAUCUUGGGAUUGCCCAGCCAAAAGGAGUUCUUCUGUACGGUCCUCCCGGAACAGGCAAAACCCUGUUGGCAAGAGCUGUAGCUCAUCACACCCAAUGCAAGUUCAUAAGAGUUUCUGGGUCGGAGCUUGUUCAGAAAUACAUUGGAGAAGGAUCUAGAUUGGUGAGGGAACUUUUUGUUAUGGCUAGAGAGCAUGCCCCGUCCAUAAUAUUUAUGGAUGAGAUCGACUCUAUUGGAUCUACAAGAGGAGAUUCAAACAAGGGAAGUGAUAGUGAAGUUCAGAGGACCAUGCUUGAAUUGCUCAACCAGCUCGAUGGAUUCGAGUCCCAUAAUAACAUCAAAGUUAUAAUGGCAACUAACAGAAUUGAUAUUCUUGAUCCUGCUCUACUGAGGACUGGAAGGAUUGAUAGGAAGAUUGAGUUUCCCCAGCCGAAAGAAUCCGCAAGGCUUGAGAUCCUGAAGAUUCACUCAAGAAAGAUGAAUCUUACCAAAGGUAUCGAUCUUGAGACAAUAGCAAGCAAGAUGGUCGGAUGCUCUGGAGCAGAGGUUAAGGCUGUAUGCACAGAAGCUGGAAUGUAUGCUCUGAGAGAAAGAAGAGUCCAUGUAACACAAGAGGACUUUGAAAUGGCAGUCCAUAAGGUACUGAAGAAAGCUGGAGAUCUGAAUUCCGAUCUCCGAAAGCUUCUGAAAUAA